CAAAAUCGACAAUUGUGCAUCGAGCGCACUGCACAUUAUGGCCGCCACAACGUUGUCCUGGGCUCUGCCAGAUGACUUGCUGGCCAUCUGGCACACUUCGCGCGUGCCCAUACUGCUCGCCGUCGCCACCAUACUCACCUUGAUCCGUCUGACGCAGCGUCUGCGCACGUCGAACCGCGAAAAAUUGUCUGCGUCGCCUAUUCCCGGGUCUCCCCAAGCAGGACCGGAAAAGAAGGACCGGUCGCUGGAAAUUGCGGCGAGAUGGGUCAACGCCGACGGAGUGGUUCCUGAAAAGGCGAAGCCGCUCGAAGAUGAUCAUUUGGAGGACAUUACUGUUGCGGAGCCGCCGCUUGUGCGGCCCAAGCCUGGUCCGAAGAAGGUGACGGGGUCGAAAGUCCCCAAGGCCAAGCGCACCAUCAGCUUCGACGCAACCCGCGACAAGGUGCAGCCGUUGGUGUUCUUCUCGUCGCUUGGCGGGUCUACAGAGGCGCGGGCGAAGCAGCUCGUUGAAGAUUUCGGUGCCUGGACUGAUGCGCUCGCUCUGGAGUCUGAGAAUGCUCCACUUCCGCUGAAGCCUAUCCUGCACGACCUCUCCUACAUCGAGUACGACGAUUUCUUCAUCUCCGCGCCCAAGACCGACGAGAAUAUCAAGUAUUUCUACAUUGUUCUGGUCCCGACCUACAACAUCGAUACUGCCCUGGAUGCCUUCAUCGAACACUUGCAAGAAACGCACCACGAUUUCAGGAUAGACACGGCGCCUUUGUCUGGUAUCCUCGGUUAUGCCGUCUUUGGGUUUGGUGAUAAGGAAGGAUGGGCGACUGAGGAAGAGGGUUUCUGCUCCCAGGGUAAAGACGUGGAUAAAUGGCUGGCCAGGUUGACGGGAAGGAGAAGGGCGUUCCCGCUGGGCAUUGGUGAUGUCAAGAGCGAUGUAGUAGAGCGCCUGAAGGAGUGGCGUCUGGGUGUGCAAGAAGUGUUGCUGGACGUUGCCUCUGGCAAGGGGCUCGGAGAGGGUGUCCCUGGAAGCGGAGACGCAUUGGAGAGUGACGAGGAGGACACCGAGGAUGAGGAUGGGGAAGAAGAGACCCAGCCCUCGAAGCCACGGAAAACUAAACCCAAAUCGGAUCUCAACGACGUGGAAGACCUUGGCCGUAUGGUCCAGACUGAUGCCUCUCCUGAGGAGCCGAUGGAGAUAGAUUUCACGACAUACAAGACGAAGCCAGCGAAAACCUCCCAGCCUGCUCCCAAGGAAAUGGUCCCGAAGACCUCGCCAACGUAUUCAGCUCUGACAAAGCAAGGCUACACUAUCGUCGGAUCUCACUCUGGUGUCAAGAUCUGCCGCUGGACCAAAUCCGCCCUCCGCGGACGUGGCUCCUGCUACAAAUACUCUUUCUACGGUAUCAAGUCGCACCUGUGCAUGGAGACCACUCCAUCGCUAUCGUGCAGCAACAAGUGUGUUUUCUGCUGGCGUCACGGCACCAACCCUGUCGGUACCACCUGGCGCUGGCAGGUUGAUCCACCGGAAGAGAUCUAUAAGGGCGUCACCGAAGGCCACUACAAGAAGAUCAAGAUGAUGCGCGGCGUUCCAGGCGUGCGGGCCGAACGCUUUGCGGAGGCAAUGCGCAUCCGGCACUGCGCUCUCUCGCUCGUCGGUGAGCCCAUCUUCUACCCAUACAUCAACGAGUUCACAAAGAUGCUGCACGAUGAUCACAUCUCGUCCUUCCUUGUCUGCAACGCGCAACAUCCCGCACAACUCGCUACGCUUAAGCCCGUCACGCAACUCUACGUCUCCAUCGACGCAUCCAACAAAGAAUCUCUGCGCAAGGUCGACCGCCCGCUUAACCGCGACUUCUGGGAGCGCUUCUGCGCCUGCCUUGACAUCCUGCGGGAGAAGCGCUUCGAGCAACGCACCGUCUUCCGGCUGACGCUCGUCAAGGGCUUCAAUCUGGAGGACGAGGUGGCCGGGUACGCAGACCUCGUGGCGCGGGGCCUGCCAUGCUUCGUCGAAAUCAAGGGCGUCACGUUCUGCGGCACGAGCACGAGCGCAGCGGCCGGUCUGACCAUGCAGAACGUCCCCUUCUACGCCGAGGUGCAGACGUUCGUGACGGCGCUGAACGACGCCCUGGCGGAGCGCGGCCUCGAGUACGGCAUCGCGGCCGAACACGCGCACAGCUGCUGCGUGCUGCUCGCGUCGACGCGCUUCCGUCGCCGUGGUGCUGAUGGCGAGCUCAAGUGGUGCACGCUCAUUGACUAUGAGCGCUUCUUCGAGCUGCUGGAGAGCGGCGAGCCGUUCAAGCCUGAGGAUUAUAUGGGUGAGGCGACGCCGGAGUGGGCGCUGUGGGGCAAUGGUGGGUUUAACCCCGAGGACGAGCGGGUGUACAGGAAGGGUAAGAACCGCGAUAGGAGCGAUGCGGGACCGGCCGUAGUGGAGAUAUAACGGGAGGGAAGGCAUUUGGGGUUGGCGUACGGCGCUGGAUUGGAUUGGGGUCAAAAAUGGAAUUAUGUAUGAUAUGUCCGGGUAGGGUAGCGGUGACGUGGCAUGAGAGCGGAAGUCGCGUCGGCGCGUCAACCCAAACGUUUACCCAACAUCUGCUUGUUAGCAACUUAUGAAAUACAC